GUAUUCAGACAGGAAAGUCCCACCUCAGACUUCGGGGGCGGUUGGUGUUUCCCAGCGAAGGAAACGCCAUUUCUCCGAAUGAGCGAGUUACCCGCGAAACUCGAACAUCCUCAGAUACGUACCCGGCCUGGGUCUGGAGCCGGCUCGAAUCCCGGCUUGUUCCCGAUUUCAGAGUCCCCCUGUUGAGAGGAAUUAAUGGUAUGGCAGCAGCCUACCGGCUUGUAGUUAGCACUGUGAACUGCUACAACAGCGUCGUGAUAGAUCGGCGCUUUCAGCAGGCAAUCCACUAUUGCAGCGGCACGUGCCAAACCUUCCGACAUGGGGUGGACUGCAUCGUGGCCCAUCACGGUCUCUGCGCGGGACUCCUGUCCGCGACCGGGCCUGUCCCCGGAGACCCGGAACUGGGCCGUAGAUUUCUGCCCCACGAGAAUGGACUUUCGCUGGCCGGGAGUGAAGAGAAUCCUCAGGUUUUCCCGGGGAUUGCCAAGGUCAGGAAGGGAUUCGCCGUUCAGAGCACCUGCAAUCUAAAAGACAUCGCAGGAGAGGCUAUAAGUUUUGCCAGCGGAAAAAUUAAGGAAUUCUCCCUCGAGAAAAUCAAGAACAGCAACCACGCAGCGUACAAAAAGGGAAGGAAGGUGAAGUCGGACUCAUUCAGUCGGAGGUCGGUGGAUUUCGACCUGAUCUAUGGCCAGUGCCAAGGUGACGGGAACGGGCCGCCUUUCGGUCUGCUCCGGAGCGCCUCGUUGGAAGAGAAACCUCUGUCCCACAGCGGCUCCUUGGAGACCAACAUGGCAUCCUGGCUUCUCCAGAACUUCUCCGAAGAGAACCUGAUCGCCCAGAUUUUGGAAAAACACAAGCUGGACAGUUCGGCUUCGGGGGCGGACAUCAAGAUGUGCUUAGAUAUCCUGCUUAAGUGCUCCGAAGACUUGAAGAAAUGCACAGACAUCAUAAAGCAGUGCAUCAGAAAGAAAUCGGGGGGCGGCGGCAGCGAGGACAGUGGUCAGGACUCGUUUCACGGCUCCGAAACUGUCUACAUGAACGUCAUGACCAAGUUGGCUUCUUACCUGAAAAAGCUUCCCUUUGAAUUUGUCCAGUCCGGAUAUCUCAAGGGCUCCGAUCUGACGGAACUGGCCAACAGUUUUUCCGCGCUGCAGCCUCCUCCCUUCUCCCCGAUAUUUGGCACCGAGCAGCCCCCCAAAUACGAGGACGUGGUCCAGCUACCUUCCUCAGUCACGAGGCAGUUCCAGGCCGCUGAGUCGCCACGGGGUAAGGAGGGCAGCAGCUUUGUGGAGGACCCCACGGAUGUCUUAGCCGACAUCGAGCGUCGCGACCCCCGAACCGUGAGGUCUGGCCAACCGGCCCGGAGUCCAAAGCCGUUAGAAUGCGCGUCUUCACCGGAUUUCAUGGAAACUCUUUUCAUCGAGGAAGAAUCAGAGGGGGAGAAAGGAGCGGGCAGGGUAAAGACGAGCGAGAACCAACUUCCCCAGCCCCCUUUAAAGGGAAGUCAAACUAGGACAGAAUGUAGAGAUGAGAAUUCAGAUUUUGACGGAGUUCCUGCCUCACCGUCAGCUGAAACGCCCGACGAGAUCUUUGAGAAACCAGCCCUCCUUCAGGUAUUCGAAGAGGAGCCGGGGUCCAAAGUCCCCAGAGAUGAAGCGCCGGGCCACAGGGAUUCGACAAACCUUAAUAACCAGGAGGAGAUCGAUCGGUUGCUGUUGGAUUUGGAAUGCUUUUCCCAGAAGAUGGAGAGCACCCUGAGGGAGCCUUUUGUGGCGGGGAGCGCCAUCGCGUCUUUUCCCGACCCAAGUCGAGCGAUCGGGCAGGCCCCCGUGGAUCCCGAAUCCAAAUCGAAAGUUCCCGCCCUCUCGGAGAAAGCCCCUUCUUCCUGUUUGUCGAGGAUCAUAGAAACCAAUGGCCAUAAAAUAGAGGAAGAAGACCGAGCCCUCUUACUCCGGAUCCUAGAGAGUAUUGAAGGCUUUGCUCAAGAGCUGGUCGAAUGCAAAUCAGGAAGAGGAAGUCUUUCCAAAGAAAAGGAAGUGAUGCAGAUUCUACAGGAGACCUUGACAGCAUCCUCCCAGACCCCGGCGCCUGUGUGUAGGAAUCCCCCAAAUGACAAAGCCAAAGAAGCCAUUCCAGUGGUAUCAAUACAGCAAACCCCGGAGGUGAUCAAGGUUCAAAGUAAGCAAGACAAGAAAGCCGCAACACCGCUUCCACCUUCAGGAAACUUUGCAAGCAGUCCUCGCCCCCCGUCCCCUCGCCCGCACGUGAAUAAUGCCGCCAGCAACGCGCCUUCGUCUGUAAACAUUCCACGCUUCUACUUCCCCAAAGGCCUCCCCGAUACCUGCACGAACCACGAACAGUCCCUAGCAAAAAUCGAAGCCACCUUUGGGGAAAUCGAGGAUGAGAAAUCGGACAUCUACGAAAUGGGGAAAGUUGCCAAGGCCUGUGGCUGCCCUCUCUAUUGGAAAGCGCCUAUGUUCAAUGCCGCAGGGGGAGAAAGGACGGGAUUCGUCUCUGUACAUUCAUUUAUAGCAAUGUGGAGAAAAUUGCUUUAUAACUACCACGAUGAUGCAUCUAAGUUUGUCUCUCUUCUAGCAAAACCCAACUGCAACUAUCUUGAGCAGGAAGAUUUCAUCCCGUUGCUUCAAGAUGUGGUGGACACACACCCUGGUCUGACGUUCCUGAAGGAUGCACCAGAAUUCCAUUCCCGUUACAUCACCACGGUGAUCCAGCGGAUAUUCUACACGGUCAAUCGGUCUUGGUCUGGAAAAAUUACCUUGACAGAAAUGAGGAAAAGCAACUUCCUGCAAACCCUGGCCCUUUUGGAGGAGGAAGAAGACAUAAACCAAAUCACCGAUUAUUUCUCCUACGAACACUUCUAUGUCAUCUACUGUAAAUUCUGGGAACUAGACAGUGACCAUGACCUCUACAUCAACCAAACCGAUCUAUCAAGGUACAACGAUCAAGCUUCAUCGAGCAGAAUCGUCGAGAGAAUUUUCACCGGAGCAGUGACAAGGGGAAAUAUAGUACAAAAGGAAGGACGGAUGAGCUACGCUGACUUCGUUUGGUUUCUGAUCUCUGAGGAAGACAAGAGGAACCCCACCAGCAUUGAAUAUUGGUUCCGCUGCAUGGACCUGGAUGGGGACGGCGUGCUCUCUAUGUACGAGCUGGAAUAUUUCUAUGAGGAACAAUGUGAGCGGAUGGAAGCCAUGGGCAUCGAACCUCUGCCGUUCCACGAUUUGCUCUGCCAGAUGCUUGACCUGGUGAAGCCCGAAGUUGAUGGAAGAAUCACACUCCGAGACCUAAAAAGAUGCAGAAUGGCUCACAUUUUUUACGACACCUUCUUUAAUCUGGAGAAGUACCUGGACCAUGAACAGAGGGACCCCUUUGCCGUGCAGAAGGACGCUGAGAACGACGGGCCGGAGCCUUCCGACUGGGACAGAUUUGCCGCUGAGGAGUACGAAGUCCUUGUGGCGGAGGAAUCUGCUAGUGAACAGAUACGCGAAGGAUCUCUGGAAGAUGACGAGACGGAUGAACCCGCCCCUCCCUCCGAACUUGGACACAAGGGAGAUGUGCCAGUUACCUCAAACCUUUCCGAGAAAUCUGCCAAGCUCCCCUCAAUGGAUGAGGAAUAG